GUGCUCGCGUCUUCGGCUACCGUCUCAAAGAUUGCUCGCCCACGCCGGUUGUAAAAAUGCGACGGUUGUGUUCCGCGUUCGCGCGAGGUCAGCAAAAGAACCUGGAAGGAUAUGUCGGCUUCGCAAGCCUCCCCAACCAAGUGUACAGGAAGUCGGUCAAGAGGGGCUUUGAGUUCACCCUGAUGGUUGUCGGUGAGUCGGGGUUGGGCAAAUCCACGUUGAUCAACUCCCUCUUCCUCACCGACCUGUACUCAUCAGAGUAUCCCGGACCUUCGCAUAGAAUCAAGAAAACUGUCCAGGUGGAACAGUCCAAAGUGCUCAUAAAGGAAGGCGGCGUGCAGCUGUUGCUCACAAUCGUUGACACCCCUGGCUUUGGAGAUGCCGUCGACAACAGCAACUGCUGGCAGCCAAUCAUCGACCACAUCGACAGCAAAUUCGAGGACUACUUGAACUCGGAAUCGCGGGUGAACAGACGGCAGAUGCCCGACAGCCGAAUUCACUGUUGUCUCUACUUCAUCGCGCCCUCGGGACACGGCCUGAAGCCCCUGGACAUCGAGUUCAUGAAGCGUCUGCACGAGAAAGUCAACGUCAUCCCGCUGAUCGCCAAAGCAGACACGCUCACGCCAGAGGAAUGCCAGCAGUUCAAGAAGCAGAUCAUGCGGGAGAUCCAGGAGCACAAGAUCAAGAUCUACGAGUUUCCUGAGACAGAUGACGAAGAGGAGAACCGUCUAGUGAAGAAGAUCAAGGACAAGCUGCCGUUGGCUGUGGUGGGCAGCAACACCAUCAUUGAGGUGAACAGCAAGCGCGUCAGAGGACGACAGUACCCCUGGGGAGUUGCAGAAGUUGAGAACAGCGACCACUGUGACUUCACCAUCCUCAGGGACAUGCUCAUCAGGACUCACAUGCAGGACUUGAAGGACGUGACAAACAAUGUCCACUACGAGAACUACCGCAGCAGGAAACUGGCUGCCGUCACCUACAACGGGGUGGAGAACAACAGGGCCAAGGGGCAACUGUCCACCAAACUUGACGCAGUCGAUGGAAUGAGUCCCCUGGCCCAGAUGGAGGAGGAGCGGCGGGAGCAUGUGACCAAGAUGAAGAAGAUGGAGAUGGAGAUGGAGCAAGUGUUUGAAAUGAAAGUCAAAGAGAAAGUGCAGAAGCUCAAGGACUCUGAAGCAGAGCUUCAGCGACGCCACGAGCAGAUGAAGAAAAACCUUGAGGCCCAGCACAAGGAGCUGGAGGAGAAGCGGCGCGUGUUUGAGGAGGAGCGAUCCAACUGGGAGGCCAUGCAGCGCCUGGAGCAGCAGAAACUGGAGGCCUCCAGAACUUUGGAGAAGAACAAAAAGAAAGGCAAGAUCUUUUAAAGAGACAGUCGCCAAGGACCAGCCCGCGUCCCCUUAGUUCUGUUUGCCAACGUUUGCCGCUCAGGGCACCAUCAGUGUGUGGCACUGACGACCCCCAACCUUACCCCCAUCUUCCAAUUCCUUACGCACCCAGUGUUUGUUCCUAUAUAUACCUACACACGUGUCUGUGUGUGUGUGUGUGUGUGUGUGUGUCAAAUCCAUUUCGAAACACCCCUUAAGCGCGCACGCACACACACACACACACACACACACACACACUGCCUCGGGACUCAUCAUCAUUGAAGAAUGUGUUUACCUUAACAACAGUAAAGCGUCAAAUUAGAAAAAGGUCAAACCCUUGUUAUUAUUUUAAUUAUUAUUAUUAUUGGUGUUGUUCUUAUUGUUGUAAUACUGGCCUGGCCCCUUCCUGCUGCACUCCCUUUUCCUACCAAGCAAGGUUGCUUUUUAUUGGAUGUGGUGUUUUUUGGGUUGUUUUUUUUUGACGGUUGUACAAUCGCAUUUGUUUACAGGACACAAAUAAGAAUAUACAGUACAAUAAGGCGGACAGUCUUUCAUGUUUUGACGCAGGUAGAUUAAUCUUUUUUUGUUCCUGAAGCUUUUUGCUCUCCCAGUGAAAAAUGGAAAAAAUACCAAGACCUGAAUUUAAAAAAAAAAUGCAAUAAAAAGAAACUUGGGGAUUUUUAUAGACUAAAAUCCAAGUUUAAGCUUCUUAUUUCUGCAAUAUAAAGGCUUCUUUAUUUUCUCUCUCCCCUUCCCUCUGUGUUUAGCCAUCUACCGCUAGCAUUGGACCACCCUUUAUAUAAUGUUAAAAGUAUUAUAUUUCACUUUAUUUUUAUUUUUAUAUAUAAAUAUAUACCGAGCCAGCUGAAGUAAGGCCUACUUUUGUACAUGUAGAAGAAAAUAAAAACGCAGAUGUGUGAGCUGGAUCCACUGUUUCUUUUCUAAUAAACAGACACCACAAAAUAGGAGAUUAAGAAAAUAAUGACAAACCCUGACUAUAUUCCAGUCAUACUGCGUUCAUCUGCCAGUGGGAAAUGAAGAGUCAACACCAAUUUUUUGUUUUGUUUUUGGCUAUGUACUCCUCUUGUAUUUUUAAUGUUAUUUUUCAUUUCUAUUGUACAAAGUCACUUAAUAAACCUGUGAUCAUA